UGGUACUGAAUAUCAGUGCAGGUGUGAGGAUCAGUAUUUCUGGCCAUGUGAAAAGUGCAAACUAUAUGGGUCUUGUGGUAACGUCACCAAUUCCUCUUGUGGCUGCAUCAACACUCUUCCAUAUGAUGGACGCUUCUGCCAACCAAUCAGUGAGCUGACUAAUAACUUUAUAUGUCAAGCUGUAACCACAGUUAACACAACAAAUACAACCAGCACAUCCACAGUAACCACCGGAACUACUGCAAAACCAUCUAUACAAACCACAAUUGCAGGCACCCAUGUAUUAAGCUUCUCACUGAUAAUAAAUGAAGUAUUUGAUUUUGCACUCACUGACCAGAGCAGUGAAAAAUACAACACAUAUAAACAAAAAAUUUCGAGUUCAAUUGAUAAGAGCUACAGGACUCUACUUAGCUACCGGCCCAAUUCUGCAACAGUGACUGCUUUCAGGCCUGGCAGUGUGAUUACAGACUUUACUAUCAAUACAACAAAUGCUACCCUUAAUUUGGCAUCAGCAAACCAAGACCUUGCUAGUAGUCUCCGUUUACAGGGAUUCGAUGUGAGCGAUACUGCAUUCAUCCAAAGUGUGAAAGAUGGACUAUAUGAAAGUAGUGGCAAUAUAUAUCCUGGGACAAAUCUCACACUGACCUGCAAUCCUCCAGUAAAUAAUAGCAUACAAUGGUCCCUGGAUGGGAAACCCAUCGUAAACAAUUCAAAUAAUAUCCAUCAACUCGAUAAUGUCACCCCCGAUGACAGUGGUCAAUAUGCAUGCACAACUACAGUAAACGAAAUGCCCUAUGUUAUCUGGCAAAUCAUUACAAUUCAACCAUACCCCAAUAUCGAAGUGAGCACUAGCAAAGUUGUACAAUGUGAGGAUACAACAAUCCCACUGCAGUGUUGUGUACAGGAGAUGUAUCAAGUGGAGUGGAACAUAUCUUGCACCUCACCUUCAACAGGCUCACCGGCAGGCUGCAUAUUAUGUGACUAUACAAUUAAACAAAAUGAUUGCCAGACUGCUGAACAAGAAAAACAUGUCACAUGCAAACUCAAAAAUCCCAUCAAUGGAACUACAACUCAAAGUUACAACUCAAAGAGCAUCACAAUAAGUGUAUCAAACAAAGCAUUUAGCUGCUCAGAUAGUAUAUUUGGAGCUGGAAAUCUGGGAGACGUACACAAUGGUGACUGUAAUAAAGAAAUGGUUGGCUAUCAAGUAGCUCUGUGUAAUUCAUCAAACCUCUGGCAACCCAUAGAAGACUACUGUGCCCUGCGUAUCUUUGCAACUUUAAAAGAUGAAGCUGAGAAUUUACAGGUUGGAAACCUCCAACAAUUUAUGGCCAACGUCAGCAAUAAUGCUAUAUUACAGAUUCAAAACAUCACUGAUUCUCCAGCUACCAUAUUAACAAUUGUAGAAAUACUGAAAAUCAUUUCUAGUUUCUCACAAACAAUUUUAAUCAAUCAACCCGUCAUGACGAAUUUCUUACAAACAACCGAUGUCAUUGGAUCAGAUGAUACACGAGACACAUGGGUGCUUUUAAACAAAAACAGUACAACAACGAAUGCCAGUUCUGAACUUCUGAACUCAACUGAGAGCAUUGCACGCAGACUCCGGGAUGAAAGCAUCUCAAUAAUAACAAACAUAUCUUCUCUCAAAAAAACUUCCAUCACUGCCCCCUUUUCUGGAACAUUUGGAAAAAAUUUAACUACCCAAAUAAAUAUUCCAGCAACUAGUACACAGACGUCCCUCACAGUCAUAAUUUCUUCAGCUUUUAACAAUGUCUUACCUGUUCGAAAUCUUACCAACAAUAACAGCAGUCAGACUGGCACCAGCAUCAAUGGAGAUGUAGUCCUAAUUGAGACAAACUCAACAAUUAACAACAUUUCCCUCUCUAUUGACAUAAAAAAUAAGAGACUGGGAAACCCUCAGUGUGUCUUUUGGAACUUUAAUCUUCUGAAUGACAUUGGGGGAUGGGACUCAACUGGAUGUCAACUAAAGAAAUUAGGAAAUGAAACUGAAAGAAUUACGUGUGAGUGCAAUCACACAACCUCUUUUUCAAUCCUGAUGUCACCAUUUACCCUGGAUAAAAACUUAGCAAUAGUCUUAGACUAUAUAACUUACAUUGGUGUGGCCAUUUCAUUGGGCAGCUUGGUUUUAUGUCUCAUCAUUGAAAUGAUUAUAUGGAAAUCAGUGACAAGAACUGACACAUCCUACAUGCGCCAUGUCUCCAUAGUCAACAUCGCUGUCUCCCUUCUGAUUGCGAACAUAUGCUUCAUCAUUGGAGCAGCAGUUGUAAAGAAAGGAGUGGGUCCCUGCAGUACAGCGACAUUCUUCAUGCACUUCUUUUAUCUUGCCCUUUUCUUCUGGAUGUUGCUGUCAGCACUCUUGCUCCUCUACCAUAUCCUCAUGGUCUUUUCCAGAAUGACCAGAGGAGCAAUGAUGGCCAUAGCCUUCACUGUUGGCUAUGGAGCCCCAUUAAUCAUAGCUGUCAUUACUGUGGCCUCUACAGCUGGAAGUCAAGGAUACAUUCAAAAAGAUUACAAUUGUUGGCUAAACUGGAGUAAAACGAAGGCCCUCCUGGCAUUUGUGAUUCCUGCUCUGACUAUUGUAGCUAUAAACCUCCUGGUGCUUAUUGUGGUUCUGUGUAAGAUGUUGAGGAGAGGAGUUAAUGCCACCACUCAGCCAGAUGAGAAACAUCCCCUAAUGGUCAUUGCUAGAUGUGUGGCGAUUUUAACACCUCUCUUUGGUCUAACAUGGGGAUUCGGCAUUGGGACCAUGGUGUCACCAAACUUUGGGAUUCACGUGGUGUUUGCGUUCCUUAAUUCACUGCAGGGUUUCUUUAUUUUGCUGUUUGGAACAUUACUGGAUAGUAAGGUUCGAGAAGCAUUGGCACGAACGUUUUCACUGAGUAACUUAAGCUCUAUUCGUACCAGGAGUACGACUGCAGGACCUUCAUCCUCAAGUGGAUUUCCUUUUUUUCAGAGGUUACGGCAGAGAAAUGUGUACAAUGUAUCGAGUCCCGAAAUGUCUUCAAGCAACUCAGAUACAGCUACUGACAGCUACGCUGCUAGGCCCAUGUUAUAAGAGUCUGUUUAACUGCAAACAUCAUACAUUAUACAGUACAUUUGCAUGCAAAAUAAGAAAAGCUUUUCAUUGUUUAAGUGGUUGUUGUUAAUAUAUAAGAAAAUGAAAAUGAAUAAAUAAAAAAGAAAAUUAACAAGUAGAACUCGACAGGGAUGCAAACAAGUCUAGUUCUUCUUGUUACUAGUUUGCAUGCUUGAAAUAAUCUUAAAUAUACUUCAUACAGUUUAAUUUACUAUGACAUUGUUUUAAAAUUCUAUAAGUUCAUUGGCUGGUUACAAUAGUAUUUACAUAUAUAUCACAAAAACCUUCAACCAAUCAUUCUAGAGAUAUCACCCUAACAAGGAUCCGUGACAG